AUGUCUGUAUUUCUCAUUAACUUGUCAACGAAUGACUCCAGCUUGUGGAAAGAAAAUCAUAAUUCUACGGACCUUUUAAAUCCUCCGGGAACUCUGAAUAUCUUCCUUUUUUGCCUGACAUGCUUAAUGACUCUUGCAUCUCUGACGGGCAGCAUUUAUUCACUAGUCUCCCUGCUGAAAAUGCAAAAUAGAACAGUUGUGUCCAUGUUUGUGGCUUCCUGGUCUGGGGAUGAUCUCCUGAGUGUCCUGUCGGUGACUAUCUUCAUGUUCUUGCAGUGGCCAAACCAGAUCCCUGGCUACUUUCAGUCUCUGUGCUCCACCUCCGCCUUACUGUAUAUAUGUCAGGGUCUCUCCAGCAACUUGAAGGCAACUCUUCUGGUCUCCUACAACUUUUAUACUAUGUAUAGGGCCGUGGGGAGCCAGGCAGCCUCCAGAAGAUCCGGCCAGGUGCUCGGUGUGGCGCUGACCGUGUGGGCAGCCAGUCUGCUGCUCUCCGCGCUCCCGCUGUGCGGCUGGGGCGCCUUCGUGCGCAAGCCCUGGGGCUGCCUGGCCGACUGCUCCAGCUCCUAUGUGCUGCUCCUCUUCGCCGUGUACACUUCGGCCUUCGUACUCCUAGCAGGCCUCUCGGUCCCGCUCACUCACCAGUUGCUGUGUUCGGAGGAGCCGCCUAGACUCCAUGCCAACUACCAGGAAAUUUCCCGCGGAGCUUCCACGCCCGGGACCCCUUCCGCCGCGGGGAGAGUGCUUUCCCUAUCCCCAGAAGAUGCUCCGGGCCCGGCCAUGCGGUGCUCUAGGGGAUGCUCCCCGAGCUCGGACAUUGUGCUUGCACCGGGUCCGCCCGCAAGGGCCGGGCCGGGGCCGGGGCGUGGCGCUGUUCCUGGCGCUGGGACUGGCGCUUGCAGGCGUGAGAACCCAGGGACUUUCUACGGCUCCAGGAGCUUCACCGUGAGCGUCGCGCAGAAGCGCUUCUCUUUGAUUCUAUCGCUGACAAAAGUCAUCCUCUGGCUGCCUAUGAUGAUCCACAUGGUGGUCCAGCACGUGGUGGGGUUUCAGAGCCUUCCCUUGGAGACACUCAGCUUUCUACUAACGUUGUUGGCCACCACAGUAACCCCAGUGUUUGUCUUGUCCAAACACUGGACCCACCUGCCCUGUGGCUGCAUCAUCAACUGCAGGCAGAAUGCAUAUGCAGGUGCAUCAGAUGAGAAGAAAACCAAGAGAAGUUUUGAAUUCAAUCUAUCAUUCCAACGAAAUUAUGGAAUUUAUAAAAUAGCACGUGAGGAUUAUUUUGAGGAUAAUGAAAAUUUUAUAUCCCAGCACAACCUGAUGAACUAUGACUGUGAAUCUACAAAGGACUCUCAGAGAGACACCCGCAAUUUCUUCAGUGCCAUCAAAGUGGAAAUCAGCACUGCACCCUCUCCAGACAGCUCCACACUGAGAGGCAUCAACAAAUGCACAAACACUGAUAUUGCAGACACUCAACACGUUCCUGACAAAGACAAGGACAUUGACCCAUUCUUUUCUGACAAAGCAGAAUGUCGUACUAAUUAUGAAGAAACUGCCUUUUUGGAAGGGCCAGAAAGAAGACUUUCUCACGAAGAGAGUCAGAAACCAGAGCUUUCAGACUGGGAGUGGUGCAGGAGUAAGUCAGAAAGGACCCCUCGUCAGCGUUCCGGCGGUGCCCUUGACAUCCCUUUGUGUGCAUUCCAGGGGACUGUGUCUCUCCAUGCUCCUACCGGGAAAACUUUGUCUCUUUCUACCUACGAGGUAAGCGCAGAAGGGCAAAAAAUCACCCCAGCAUCUAAGAAAAUUGAAGUCUAUCGUUCCAAAAGUGUUGGCCACGAACCAAACCCAGAGGAUUCUCCCUCCACUUUUGCGGACACCAAUGUGAAAAUACACUUGGAAGUUCUUGAAAUCUGUGAUAACGAAGAGGCCUUGGACACAGUCUCAAUCAUUAGCAACAUCAGCCAGUCCUCCACGCAAGUCAGAUCCCCAUCCCUGCGCUACUCACGGAAAGAAAACAGAUUCGUUUCAUGUGACUUGGGGGAAACAGCAUCAUACUCCCUCUUUUUGCCCACAAGUAAUCCUGAUGGUGACAUUAACAUCUCCAUUCCAGACACUGUGGAGGCUCACAGGCAGAACAGUAAAAGGCAGCACCAAGAGGGAGAUGGCUACCAAGAGGAAAUCCAGUUGUUAAAUAAAGCUUAUAGAAAAAGAGAGGAAGAAAGCAAGGGUAAUUAG